GGAUUCUUUAACUAUUUUUAUAAAGCAUUUUAUUGAUUGGGUAGAAUAUUUUUAUUAUUGCUUAUAUGUUUUAGAUGGUUAUGGGCUCAUGUAGAUACUUGAUAAAGCACAGACACCCCUGAUGCUUCCACAUUUCUUUUGGUUCUGUUCGUAGAAUGAGGAACAUCUAUUCUUAAUGCUACUUCUGAUGAUGUCAUCCCAUGUCAUAAUUACAUUUAGAUAUAAUUGUAUGGAGCAUCUAAAAAUUGUUCUGAAUGUUUGUUAGAUUCAUUAUAACAUAUUAGCUACUAUACGCUUUUAAGCCUGUCACAGCAUAGCAAGCGAGCGCUCGUGCACUCACGCACUCACACAAAGUAGUGAGGCUAUCGAAGCAUGCACACCACAUGUAUUCUUGUAGGCUUUGUACUGACGUAGUGAUAUAUGUGUUCUGUUGUCCUAUGGAACUUGAUUCUGGUGAGUUAUUAAGUCUGGAUUGUUUGUUACAAGUCAAAUUUAUCCAUGAAAAGGUAGCCUUUCAUGGGUCCAGAAAUAUAAUGAUAAAGCCAAUAGCGAUCAGAUUUCCACAACCACAAACAAGGUUGGGGUGUCAUUCUUUCUUUGAGUUGCUGAGACUUUCUCCUUCCCAAAUAAAUAAGACCUUUCUUUGCUAGCAGUAUCUGCAAAUCAAGAUUGGAUUUCUCUAUUUAAGAUAUGUUGCAGAUCCAAAAACAUUAUGGACUUGGUACGAACCAUACAUCAAAGAUGAUGAGGAGUUUUCACCAGGAUCAAAUGGACGGAUGACAACAAUGGGUGUAUAUGUACGCGAUUUGCUUCUUGGAUUGUACUACUUUGAUACCCUGUUCCCGCGGAUUCCUGUUCCUGUCAUGCGCCAGAUCACAUCAAAUCUUGAGAGGAUGAAGUUGCCGAGUAAACCUUCUGGUUCGACCGGUGACAUGAAUCUCGGUGCUGAAGACAGCGCCCGCCGUCCGCCUUCUGUAAAAGCUUCCCUUUCGGUUUCAUUUGGACAGCGUGCUCCUCACCGUGCUUCUACUCGGGGCUCAUCUCCUGUCCGUCGUCCUCCCCCUCCUGGGUAUGAGAAAAAUGGCAGUGAUGAGCAAAGGAGAUCCCCACGUAGGAGCCAGAGCCGGGACUACUCUGAUAGAGAGUCUGACAGGGACCGGGGUCGGGAACAGGAGAGAGAAAGGGACAGGGAUCGAGAGAGAGACAGGGACAGGGACCGAGAUAGAUAUAGGGAAAGGGAGAGAGACAGGGAUCGAGGAUAUGAUUAUGAUAGGAGAUCAGGGCGUGAUUAUGAAGGAAGAAGCAGACGGGACUACGAUGAUUAUGAUGAUAGGCGAUACAGAGACAAGCGUCACGAAAGGAGAAGCCGGAGCAGGAGCAGGAGCAGAAGCAGGAGCCGAAGCAUGCAAGUAGAGCGAGAGCCGACCCCAAUGAGAGACGCCAUCAAGGAGAAAUCAUCAGCACCCUCAAGCAGCAAUCUCGCAAAGCUCAAGGAUAUAUAUGGCGACGCCACUAAUCAGAAAGGAGAAGAAGGAUACGGGACGAGGCGGGAUUCGAGUUCAGAAGAAGUGAUCAGGCUCGGUGGUUCCUCCUGGAGGUAAAAAGAAGAAGAAAGAGGAAGGAUGAUACAUAAGACUUGGUAUAAUAUUUGCAUAAUGUAAGAUUUUACUCUUUUUAGAUUCGUGAGGAACCGACCAUUCGUAGAUCUGCUGUCCUAAUUCAGACACGUGAUAUUGUUUGCUUGUUUUAGGGCUUUUGUCUUUGACUUCCGUUCUUGGAGUUCUUCACUGCCUUUUCUCUUCUA